CUCUAUUCAUUGAUGUUUGCCUUUGACCUUGAUGUCUACAAUCGCGCGGAAUCAAAUACAACUUCAUUAUCAUAUUUCAUUCAUCUCGACAUAGUAGACGGGUUUGAGCCCUCUAUUAGAUCAAAUAAUCUGUCAUUAACUCCUCCAAAUACGGCACAACCCAUCUCUUGAACCUAAAGCGAUUUCAAAGAUUCGAUUAUUCAAUAGACGCCCUGUAUCAGCGCCCUUCCACCAUGGGAAUGGAACCGCGAGCCGGGUCGGUCGCGCAUACCAACGGCACCAACGGAGUAAAUGGAACAAAUGGCGUUACCAACAAGCGAAAAGCCCCUCUCGAUAUCGAGGAAAUCUUGCGCAAAAAGAAAGAGGAAAAUGAGGCUGCUGCCAAACCCAGAUUUAUCCCUAAAGCCGAGCGAGAACGCCUAGCUGCAGAGAAACAGAAAGAAGAGGAAGAGAAACGAAGACGGAAAGCCGAAGAAGAAUCACAGACUAAAUCCAAUAGUAUACCUAGGAGUGCUGUAGAACCCCCCAGACGGAAUGCCGACCGUCGCGACAGAGAUCGUGCGCCGGCUGUUCCUACGGGACCUAGAGCUAUGCGUCAAGCCGGCCACGAUAGACGCGAAGCAAACGAUCGUGAGGAUUCCGAUACUCGAGGAAAGCCGAGGGGUAAGAAGGGAUUGGUCGGAGAAAAACGACCGCCUCCAGAGGAAACAGAAGCUGCCUUAAUACGAGCGCGGUACAUGGGGCCGGAAAUGAAUCAAUCGACAUUUUCAGCCAAGAAGAAGAGAAGGAGAACGACGGAGAAGAAAUUCAACUUUGAAUGGGAUGCGGAAGAAGACACAACCCAAGAUCACGCCCCUAUCUACGCGGAGAGAGCUGAACCGACCUUCUUUGGAAGAGGAAGGUUGGCUGGAUUUGGCGAUGAUAUGACGGAGGAAAAUGCGAAGAAGUACGCUAUGUCUCUUAUUGAGCGCGAUCCCGAAAAUGGAGCUCAGCGAGCACAAGAACUACUGGAUAUGAUGCAAAAGGCGAAGGAGAGAGCAAACCGCAAUGGAUUAGGAAAGCACUGGUCUGAGAAGAAGCUGGAGGAUAUGCGUGAACGAGACUGGCGUAUUUUCAAGGAAGACUUUGGUAUCUCGACAAAGGGUGGCUUGAUUCCCAAUCCAAUGCGAAAUUGGCAGGAAUCAGGUUUACCUCGACGAUUACUCGAUAUCAUCAGCCAAGUUGGCUACGACGAACCUACGCCAGUUCAGCGUGCAGCAAUUCCCAUCGCCUUACAAGCAAGAGAUUUAAUUGGUGUUGCCGUCACCGGUUCAGGAAAAACAGCAGCUUUCUUACUACCCUUACUAGUAUAUAUUUCCGAAUUACCACCGUUGACGGAGAUUACGAAGAACGACGGUCCAUAUUCACUAAUCAUAGCCCCAACUCGAGAGUUGGUCCAGCAAAUCGAAACGGAAGCAAAGAAGUUCGCAGUGCCUCUUGGUUUUACUGUUGUCAGUCUUGUCGGUGGACACUCGCUCGAAGAGCAAGCCUUUGCGCUAAGAAAUGGUGCUGAGAUCAUCGUUGCUACUCCCGGUCGUUUAGUCGACUGCAUCGAACGGCGACUUCUAGUGUUGUCUCAAUGCUGUUACAUCAUCAUGGAUGAAGCCGAUCGUAUGAUUGAUAUGGGUUUUGAAGAGCCCGUCAACAAGAUAUUAGAUGCCCUUCCCGUCACCAAUGAAAAGCCAGACACUGACGCAGCUGAAAAUGCGCAGCUGAUGAGUAGGCACUUGGGCGGCAAAGAUCGAUACAGGCAAACUAUGAUGUAUACAGCUACUAUGCCUACAGCUGUCGAAAAGAUCGCCAAGAAAUACCUACGUCGUCCAGCUACGGUGACCAUUGGUAACGCUGGAGAGGCUGUGGACACGGUCGAGCAACGGGUUGAAUUCGUUCCUGGAGAAGACCGUCGCAAGAAGCGCUUGCAAGAACUCUUGUCAUCCAACGAAUUUGCGCCGCCUAUCAUUGUCUUCGUCAACAUCAAGCGCAACUGUGAUGCUGUCGCUCGAGAAAUCAAGCACAUGGGCUUUUCUGCCGUUACACUUCACGGUAGCAAGACUCAGGAGCAGCGUGAGCAGGCUUUGGCGUCUGUACGCAAUGGUACAACAGAUGUGUUAGUAGCAACAGAUCUAGCUGGUCGUGGUAUCGAUGUUCCGGACGUAUCCCUCGUCGUCAACUUCAACAUGGCUACUUCAAUCGAAAGUUACACACAUCGUAUCGGUCGUACAGGUCGUGCCGGAAAGAGUGGUGUUGCAAUCACAUUUUUGGGCAACGAAGACGCAGAUGUCAUGUACGACCUACGGCAAAUGCUCUCCAAGAGUUCGAUAUCCAGGGUGCCGGAAGAAUUACGUAGGCACGAGGCCGCGCAGCAGAAACCAACCAAGGGGCCCAAGAAAUUGGAAGAAAAAGGGUUUGGUGGAAAGGGUGGAUGGGACUAGAUUUUAGCCAAUUCUUACCUGCGCGACCUAUCAUGAGAGGAAAUACAGUUAUAAUUGCUCAUACGAUGCCCUAUCCAGGUAGACCCAAACAGGAAGAUUACCACUCUUCAAAGCCAAAAUAAGGUAUAGAAAUGGUAUUCAUAUUUAAUUUAGAGAACCAGCUUACUCGAGAAUUUAGACUACUCUAUACUAUCAGCUACUUGGAGCCAAGCUAUCGAACCGACUAGACCUGGCCUUUCUAGAAGCCAAAUGUGGUACGCAGUAGGAAAAUGCAACUGUAUCCCUUUUCUCUUUCAUUCCAUAUUGCUUACCUGGAUAUUCACUACUGGUAUUGACGAACAUAAGACAUCAGGUAAGAAGACUGCAGCCGGCUUUAAAGAGAACAAAGCAUAAAAAGAAAGAGGAGAACGAAAAAGAAAAUGUCGGUGUUUUUAACAUAUUAUGCAGUUCAAGACAGUGCAGUAUGGAAUUUUCCCUAUCUUAAAUGGCGGUUAGUAUUGCCCAUACACGAAAAUGCUAAAGUCGCACGACAGUAGACAUGUCAAUUGCGAACUUGAUCCGACUUAUCAAAAUGUAGUAGCGGAUGGAAGGGUGUUUGUUUGGCUUCAUUCGCUUAUAUGUUGGAUCUACGUUCUAGAAUGCCCAGCUGAGAUGCGACCCUGCCUGCCC